AUGCCUGCGUCUCAGUAUAGCGCGUCGUCUCAGUAUGCCGUGCGUCUGCAGUACUACCCGCGUCUCAGUAUACGCCUGCGCUUUGCCUGCGUCUCAGUAUACCGCGCGUUCUCUAUACGCUGCGCGGGUCUCAGUUUGCCUGCGUCUCAGUAUACCGCGCGUCUCUGUGAUAGCCGUGCGUCUCAGUUUGCUGCGUCUCAGUAUAUCCUGCGUCCUCAGUUUGCCUGCGUCUCAUAUACCUGCGUCUCAGUUUGCCUGCGUCUCAGUAUGCCUGCGUCCAGUAUGCCUGCGUCUCAGGUAGCCUGCGUCUCAGUUGCCUGCGUCUCAGUUUGCUGCGUCUCAGUAGUGCUGCGUCUCCGUCUGGCUGCGUCUCAGUAUGCCUGCGUCUCAGUAUACCUGCGUCUCAGUAUGCCUGCGUCUCAGAUACGCCUGCGUCUCAGUUUGCUGCGUAGUUGCUGCGUCUCAGUAUGCCUGCGUCUCAGUAUGCUGCGUCUCAGUUGCCUGCGUCUCUCUAGUACCUGCGUCUCAGUAUGCCUGCGUCUCAGUGUACUGCGUCUCAGUUAUAUGCGGCUGCGUCUCCAGUAUGCCUGCGUCUCAGUUGCCCCGCGUAGCCUCAGUUCCUGCGUCUCAGUAUACCCGCGUCUCAGUAUGCUGCGUCUCAGUAAUACCUGCGUCUCAGGUUAUGCCUGCGUUCUCAGUAUACUGCGCUCGAGUUCUCGUCUCAUCAGUUUGCCUGCGUCUCAGUAUACCGCGCGUCUGAAGUAG